AUGCUGGACGCGCAGUCCGCCGAGAAAAGCAGCAGGAUGAAAAAGUUGCGGAGAACUUUGUCGGAGAGUUUCAGCCGAAUAGCCUUAAAGAAAGAAGAUAGCAGCCUUGAUGAGAUAUGUGUCACAAAGAUGUCUACACGGAACUGCCAGGGAAUGGACUCAGUGAUCAAACCCCUGGACACAAUUCCCGAGGACAAAAAAGUCAGAGUUCAGAGGACACAGAGCAGUUUUGAUCCAUUUGAGAAACCAACUAGUCAAGUGAAGAGGGUCCAUUCAGAGAACAAUGCUUGCAUUAACUUCAAAACUACAUCAGCAGGGAAAGAAUCUCCUAAAGUCAGACGACAUUCUAGUCCCAGCUCUCCUACAAGCCCCAAGUUUGGAAAAGCAGACUCUUACGAAAAACUGGAAAAACUAGGGGAAGGAUCAUAUGCCACAGUGUACAAAGGGAAAAGCAAGGUAAAUGGGAAGUUGGUGGCACUGAAGGUGAUUAGAUUACAAGAGGAGGAAGGAACUCCAUUUACAGCUAUCAGAGAAGCUUCUCUUUUGAAAGGACUGAAACAUGCUAACAUUGUGCUGCUUCAUGACAUCAUUCACACCAAGGAGACAUUGACACUUGUGUUUGAAUAUGUGCACACUGAUUUAUGUCAGUACAUGGACAAACAUCCUGGAGGACUUCAUCCAGACAAUGUGAAGUUAUUUUUAUUUCAGUUGCUGCGAGGACUGUCUUACAUCCACCAGCGUUACAUUUUGCACAGGGACCUGAAACCACAGAACCUUCUGAUCAGUGACACGGGGGAAUUAAAGCUGGCAGACUUUGGUCUUGCAAGAGCCAAAUCAGUCCCCAGCCACACAUACUCUAAUGAAGUGGUUACCCUGUGGUACAGACCCCCAGAUGUCCUUUUGGGCUCAACAGAAUACUCCACCUGCCUUGACAUGUGGGGAGUGGGUUGUAUCUUUGUAGAAAUGAUUCAAGGAGUUGCUGCUUUUCCUGGAAUGAAAGACAUUCAAGACCAACUUGAACGAAUAUUUCUGGUACUUGGAACACCAAAUGAAGAUACAUGGCCUGGAGUCCAUUCUUUACCCCAUUUCAAGCCAGAACGCUUUACACAGUACAGCUCUAAAAACCUUAGACAAGCAUGGAAUAAGCUAAGCUAUGUGAAUCAUGCAGAGGAUCUGGCCUCCAAACUACUUCAGUGUUUCCCAAAGAACAGAUUGUCAGCACAGGCAGCCCUGAGCCACGAAUAUUUCAGUGAUCUGCCCCCACGGCUAUGGGAGCUAACUGAUAUGUCUUCUAUUUUUACGGUACCGAAUGUAAGAUUACAACUAGAGGUUGGAGAAAGCAUGAGAGUCUUUGGGAAAUACAAUAGUUAUGGCAAAGGUCUAUCAAACAGCAAGCACUGA